CACUAAGCGAUGUUCCUUUUAAAUUUUACAUAAUAGAAUCAGCUGUCACUUAUCUUGGUUACAUUAUUCUGUAUAUUUUCAAGAUGCUUCAAUAUAAAUAUUAUGAUACGCCAGAUGGCCAAGAUUUAAUAAAAAAAUUAUUUAUAACUGGAAAAUAUGCUACUUUAACUGGCUUAGGCAUCUCAUCAUUAGAUGUGCUUCUUUAUUCAAAGCCUAAAGGGUAUUUGGAAGCAUUAGGAAGAUAUGCAACAGUUACGGGGCCUCUUGUGGGAAUGGCUGCUGUUUUUACAAUUGGUACCUAUGUAGCUACCAAUGUUCGUGAAAAAGAUGACUAUAAGAAUUAUGUAGUUGGGGCCACUUCAGCUGGUUGUCUAUGGGGCGCUUUACGCAGAAGCUAUAUUACAGCAGUAUUCAGUUCUUUAGCGUUUUCACUAGCUGGUGUUAUCAAGAAAAAGGCAAUAGAGAAUGAUUAUACAUUAUUUCCUCCACCUAAGAGACAUUUUGUUGGUUCAUUGUGGAGCCAAAAGCACGAUUUUACUAUCUUAAAAGAUCGCCCAAAGGGUUGGACCACAGGGGAAAAUGAUAAAGCAUAAAUAUUUUGAAUGGCACAUUCAUAUUAAUAAAUUUAUAUGAUGUAUAUAUACACUAGAAAUAGAU